AUGUCCCUUUCUACGCUCCCUUCCUUUCGCCGACAGCUGCUUGUCUUGGAGUUCUCAUCCCUGAGAGAUCGCUGUCCAGAGGGACUUUAUCUCUCCCUCACCCCUGGCGACCCAUCGCUCUGGGUCGCCGUGCUGUUUGUACGCAAAGGACCAUAUGAGGGAGCGAUCCUUCGCUUCCAGAUAUCAUUUCCAGACACAUAUCCGGCCGUUCCACCGCUCAUCAUUUUCUCCAGCGACAUCUUUCACCCACUGGUUGUGCCGUUGACCACUUACACCUUUAGCGUCAGCGCCGUCGACGCCUCAGCCACUGUCAGUGCUUCAGACCAGGAUCGCUUACCACCUGGCGCUUUUAGCCUACGACAUGGAUUUCCCCAGUGGUUUCCAUCAGCAUCCUUGACUGAUCGGAAGCACGACGUCUCCAUUGCCACCGCGCUGGACGCUGGUCGACCAGUAACCCCCAGCGACGCGGACGCCCGGUUCGACGACGCAGCUGAGGACAAUGAAGCGAGCCCAGAGCCACCUGGCCGGAAGAGUCAAACCCUGACCAUCUUGCAACACCUUCAAGACGCCUUCGAGAACGCAAAUUUGUUGGAUGAGAUUUCACUUGAAGCUGUAGGCGACCCGAGCGCAUGGCAUGCCUGGCGCGCCCACCGUGGACUCGCCCGGCGACAGAGGGAUCAGCGAAGCCGAGAGCAGAACGGGCAAGAUGCAUCUCCCUCAUCCCCCAAACAUCCUGGGGAAUGGAAAUGGGAUGGCGUUUGGGAAUCUCGAGUGAGGAACGGUAUCGAAGCCAGUAUCAGUGAAGCCGCCCUUUUCGGCAACACCACCAGCAACACUCGAUUUGCCGCAAGUCCUAUGGAGUCUACGACCAUAGACGCGCGUGAGAGAAUGCUUGCCGCUGCUGACCGACAAAUCCGCUUCUCGAAGUUGAGCCAGGAGCGGCUUGACGAGCUAAUAGGCCAAAUACACAUCUCGGACACCACGAUACCUGCCCCAUGA